GGAUUGCAGCAACCAGUUUUGUUGGGGAACUCAGGACAUUGGUAGACAGAACAGAAGUAGGAGGAUUUUGUUUAUAACCAAUCUUCCAAGUUUCAAAAUCUAUAAACUAAUCCAUGAAAAGUAUAAAGAAUAUUUGUGUUGAAUGAAUCUGUGUCAAACCUCUUAAUUGUUAAAGUUUUCCAAUCGCUGGUCACCUAAACAAUUGGCACCAAAGUCAUGCCCCAACCCAUGUUCUUCUCCUAAGAAGUUUGGUUUCAGAUAAUUUCAGAGGGUACAACAUGCUGAAAAAUGAGAGCCACCCAGAAAUGAAAGUCCCCACAACUGUAAUUCCAGCCUACCGAAAGCUUAACAAUAACAACAAAGAGAUUUCCAGGCUCACGUUUUUUUUGACAGGUGUCUUCUGCACGGCCUUAUACUAAUAUCUCUUCAAAUAUUAAUUCCCCGAGUACUUACCCAGAGUUACCCUGCUUCAUUCUCGGCUCCCCCUCACCUUUCGCUCCAGCCUCCAUAAUCCCCCAUACUCGAUAAAGACCUUCUCUUUCUCUUGUUAGAGAGAUAUUUUCUCUCUUAACUGAGGUAUUCUCUCUCUAUCUCUCUCUAAAACUUUUCUCUCACUGCAAUGUCCGUCUCUGCUGCCAUGGCGGUGGCAGAGCUAUCCCAUUCAUUCACCAAAACCCACUUGCAUUCAUCCCAAAUCUCAUUCAAAUCUACUCGCCUCGUCAAUCACUGCCACUGCGCUUUUCGACCGUUCCCUCAAAUACGAAGCACCACAAUCUCUUGCUCUGUUGCAACAACUGAAGUUAAAGCUCCGGUCAUAGAGCAAGCUGAGGACCCCAAGAACAAGUCCGAAUGCUUCGGCGUGUUCUGCCUCACGUAUGAUCUCAAGGCUGAAGAAGAGACAAAAACCUGGAAGAAAUUGAUUAAUGUUGCAGUCUCAGGAGCAGCUGGGAUGAUAUCUAACCAUCUGCUUUUCAAACUUGCAUCUGGUGAGGUUUUUGGUCCUGAUCAACCUAUUGCUUUGAAAUUAUUGGGAUCUGAAAGGUCGUUCCAUGCUCUUGAAGGUGUUGCUAUGGAAUUGGAGGAUUCCUUGUUUCCUUUGUUGAGGGAGGUAAGUAUAGGCAUUAAUCCAUAUGAUGUGUUUCAAGAUGUAGAAUGGGCCCUUUUAAUAGGAGCAAAGCCUCGAGGGCCUGGUAUGGAACGAGCCGAUUUGCUAGACAUAAAUGGCCAGAUUUUUGCAGAGCAGGGAAGGGCUCUCAAUGCUGUUGCAUCCUGUAAUGUCAAAGUGAUAGUUGUGGGCAACCCCUGUAACACUAAUGCAUUAAUCUGUUUGAAAAAUGCUCCAAAAAUACCAGCAAAAAACUUUCAUGCUUUGACCCGGUUAGAUGAGAAUAGAGCAAAAUGUCAGCUGGCCCUUAAGGCAGGUGUCUUCUAUGAUAAAGUGUCAAAUGUGACCAUCUGGGGAAACCACUCAACCACUCAGGUUCCAGACUUUUUAAAUGCUAGAAUCAAUGGCUUGCCGGUCAUAGAAGUUACCAAGGAUCGCAAGUGGUUAGAGGUGGAGUUUACAGAAAAGGUCCAGAAGAGAGGUGGUGUGUUGAUUAAAAAAUGGGGAAGAUCUUCAGCUGCAUCAACUGCCGUGUCAAUUGCCGAUGCAAUACGAUCUUUAGUUACUCCCACUCCGGAGGGUGAUUGGUUUUCAUCUGGAGUUUAUACCAACGGAAAUCCUUAUGGAAUAGCAGAGGAUAUCGUUUUCAGUAUGCCAUGCAGAUCAAAAGGAGAUGGUGAUUAUGAAUUUGUCAACAAUGUAAUAUUUGAUGAUUACCUUCUCGAGCGAAUAACCAAGACAGAAGCAGAACUGCUAGCAGAGAAGAGAUGCGUGGCCCAUCUUAUAGGGGAGGGUGUCGCUUUCUGUGAUAUACCUGAGGACACCAUGCUUCCUGGGGAGAUGUAACGCUUAUGCUUUAUAUCUGAGGAAUACGAUUUCAGACGAAGCUGCCACAGGAGCCGUAUGAAAAGAUAUACAGAAUUUAAGAUUAUGCCAUUAUUUAUCUAAAAUGAAGUAUGCGAGUCUAUGCUAGUUUGGCAGGUUGUAAUAGAGAUUCAGCAUGUUGAGCCAUUUGUUGACUUUCAAAGUCGCCUUUUUUUUUUUUUUUAAUUCGUAUUCUUUGCUCUCCUGUCUGAAGCCGAUCUGGGCAUGUAAUUGUAACCAAUAAAAAUUCCGUAACAAUACAUCAAUAAAUUUAUAAAGCUUUUCCCAA